ACAAAAAUCAAAAUUUUAAAUUCUCAUCCGUAACUCAUGUACACUUGUCAACUCCAAUCCAACUUUUCAUCACCCAACACUAAAUCUUUUUCUUUAACUAAAACUAGAAUUUCAUAAUCCUACGUGGGUUUCCAAAACAAGAUCAAGAAACAAGAAAAUGAAGCAAGAGACAGUAACGUUAUUACUGGUGAAUCUGGCCGGGAUCAUGGAAAGAGCAGACGAAUCAUUGCUUCCCGGCGUGUAUAAAGAAGUGGGUGCUGCUCUUCAUACAGACCCUACUGGACUCGGCUCCUUGACUCUGUUCAGGUCUAUAGUUCAAUCUUCUUGUUAUCCUAUUGCUGCUUAUUUGUCUGUUAAGCACAACCGAGCUCAUGUUAUCGCUCUUGGUGCCCUUCUUUGGGCUGCUGCUACUUUUCUUGUUGCCUUCUCCUCCACUUUCUUUCAGGUGGCUGUAUCCAGAGCUUUGAAUGGCGUUGGGCUCGCUAUAGUUGCACCAGCAAUCCAGUCCCUUGUUGCUGAUUCAACGAGUGAUAGUAACCGUGGAACAGCUUUUGGUUGGCUGCAACUCACAGCCAACAUGGGUUCAGUUGUCGGUGGACUAUGUUCAGUACUGCUAGCUCCAAUAACAGUCAUGGGAAUUCCUGGAUGGAGGCUGUCAUUCCAUCUUGUUGGAGUAAUUAGUGUUAUAGUAGGUAUUUUAGUCUACCUAUUCACCCACGAUCCACACUUUUCGGAUGAUAACAGUGAAGUCAGGAAUCAAGAUGGAAGUAAAUCAUUUCUAUCUGAAAUCAAGGACCUGGUUCGAGAAGCUAAGUCGGUUAUCAAAAUUUCGUCUUUCCAGAUAAUUGUCGCGCAGGGUAUUACCGGUUCAUUCCCUUGGUCAGCCAUGACAUUUUCAGCAAUGUGGUUAGAGCUUAUUGGAUUUUCCCACAAAACAACAGCUUUGCUUAUAGCAUUAUUUGUAAUUGCUGGUUCAAUUGGGGGAUUAUUUGGAGGGAAAAUGGGGGAUAUACUUUCAACACGUUUCCCGAAUUCCGGGAGAAUAAUAUUGGCACAGAUAAGCUCGGCAUCAGCUAUUCCUCUAGCAGCAUUACUGCUGCUUGGUUUACCUGAUGAUCCUUCAACGGGAUUCAUGCAUGGAUUUGUCCUGGUUAUCAUGGGGUUGUGCAUUACUUGGAAUGCUCCAGCAACAAACAAUCCAAUUUUUGCAGAAAUAGUUCCUGAAAAAUCCCGGACAAGCGUCUACGCGUUGGAUAGAUCAUUCGAGUCCAUACUGUCAUCAUUCGCUCCGCCGAUAGUUGGACUACUUGCUCAACGCGUUUAUGGUUAUAAACCACUUCCUAGUGAAUCUAGUUUAUUUGAGGAGACUGCUAUAGAUAGAAGUAACGCUGCAUCGCUGGCCAAAGCCCUGUAUACGGCAAUAGGAGUUCCGAUGGCAAUAUGCUGUUUCAUUUACUCGUUCCUCUAUCGUACUUACCCUAGAGAUAGAGAGCGUGCUCAGAUGGAAGCUGUAAUAGAACUAGAGAUGGAACAGCUGAAGCUAGACGACUCACCACCGACAAGCAGAGAGUACACUCGAGUUCAAUUGCUUGAAGGUGAAGAAGAAUCUGUCAAGGACAGAAGUGUUAUUGAAAUGGGUUAUGAAGGGGAGGAUGCCCCUAAUUUUGACGACGAUGAAGACAGGAUGCUGCUCGAUCGCCAGCUGACAUUUUCUAAAUUUGGUUAAUAGCAUGACAUGGAUUCUGAAUUUUGAUAACAGUGACAAUGAUGAGAUGAAAGUUAAAAUUAGAAAAUGAUGCUCCAUUUAGAGCUUUUCAGAAUGACUCCAAGUAUCCCUAUCCACAACAAUAGCAUCAGAAGGAACGUUUUCAAAUGCAAAAUAGAUGAUUUCUAAAGAUUGCAUUUUAUAGCAGCUCAUUAAGCAAAUUCAGUAAUAAAUUACAAGUUUCCUAUACAAAUUAAAUAUGAUCUAUACUGAGAGAUAUAAGGACCCAAGAGGCCAUGAAACGAAAAUGUGGACCUUUACAAGAAAGCAAUUACAAAACAAAUACUUAGCUGGGUUUUCUAGCUGAAAACAUUAUGAAUUGCCUCUCUCUUGUAGAUGUAAAUCCAACUAGCCCACAGGCUCUACAGAUAUCUUCUAGUUCACGUUCACGCAGGAAUAUUUGACUGCCUGAUAUUUGUGCGAUAUUCUACAGUGAACAACAAUUGUUAUCAUUAAUGUAAAAAAAUUUAAACAAAGCUUGUUUAAUAAAGUUGACACCCUGCGGAAGAACAUGGAAGUCUUUCAAAAGAGAUACAACAACACCAAUCUAAGUUCAAAGGGACUAAAUGAAAGUCUUUCAAGUACAGCCAUUCAAGUACCGAAGAGAAGAGCUUAAUACCUGACGUAGAGGCCCCAAAAGUGGAAGAAAACGGAAAGGUCCGUCAAGUAUGAAAGUGGAAGCAACUAACACACCACCAGGUUUCAGAACUCUACUUAUCUCAGCUGUCUAUGGAACAUGGUAAACAAACAAGUAAGCAUAGGGUGGCCAAGUGAGGCCUACAACACAAAUUAUACCGAGGAUAGAGAGAAAUUUUGAAAGAAAUUAGUCUACAAGCCUACAAGCUGGAGGACAAAAAGUUAGAUUGGUUAUCCUGAAAUGAGGCCAAACAUAACAAAAUUUAUGGAAUCUGUAUUGCAAGUUUUCACCAAUAAUUAAGAUAAAACGCGUACAACAGUAUUGAAAGGUUAAAAAUAUGCAAAGCAUGAGCUUGAUGGCCAGGCUCUAUAAGGUCUCAGCCUUAUACUCCUCUACCAGUCUAACUUAAGGUGCUGAUAUACAUGCCUUUUAUAUGCCAAAAAAUUUCUUGUGUGAUAUAUUACAAAAGAAGGCAUCCCAACCCAAGCAAUAAGAACAAAUAGUUUAAAGUACUAAAUUGAGAGAAGAGCUUACGGCUCCUGGUGGUGAAGGCCAACAGUGUAUCGCAGCACCAGCAUGGACAGCAUCAACAGAACCAGAAAGAAACGGAAGUCUCGAUAUAUCAGCUCUGACCAGUAUUAAUUUCCUGAAGAUAAUAAACUCAGUCAGAAACAAAGCAAUAGUAACUAGUAUCAUUAAAAGAACUGGUUCAUACAUACUCUUUGAAAAACUCUUUGUCCUGCUUGAUGAAUUCAAAACACUGUUGCAGCAUGUUUUCUGAGUAAUCCAGCGCAACAACAUCAGAGAACAACCCACUUUUGGCAAAAAGUCUUGAAAAUAAUCCACUACCGCAACUAGCAUCAAUAAUCUUUCCACCUAAAACUGGCUUCAGGUAAUCCUUCAUCAGCUCAAACUG